AUGAGUUCAUCACCAUACAAAGUUGCCUUUCUAGGCUGCGGGAACAUGGGGUCAGCGGUUUUAUUGGGACUGCUAGACGCUUUGGAUGAAACCAAGAGCGGUGAUGGUCGGGCCUGGAACUUCACCGCAUGCACCAAAACCGAAAACUCCGCGACUGCGCUUGUUGAGAAGCUCGGUCACCAUGCGAGCCAGGUUCAAGUUCUACACAGGCAGAACGAGAACGCUCUUGCAGAAGCUGAUGUAAUUAUACUGGGAGUAAAGCCGUACCUUGCAAAAGGAAUUUUGAGCAAGCCAGGGAUUGGCGAAGCUCUUGCUGGGAAGCUGGUCAUUAGUCUGAUGGCGGGAGUUUCAGUAGACGAGGUUCAUGAGUUGAUCUUGCCUGCGGCCAAGGAAUCCGCCAGUGCAGCAACACAUAUCGUGAAGGCCAUUCCAACUAUCGCUGCUCGUUAUCGUCAGUCCAUGACACUGAUUGAAAGAUCGUCACAACCACUUCCUCAGCAUCAUGAGCAGCUGGUCACCUCCAUCUUCAACUUUGUCGGCAGUGUGAAAAUCUUGGAGCCUGAUUUGAUGGAUGUAGGCUCAGUGUUGGUAACUGCAUGCCUGGCUACCUUGACCGUUCCAUUAGAUGGGCUCCUAGAUGGGUCAGUCAUCGAGGGCCUGCCUCGGCGGGAUGCUUUGGAGUUGAUGUCGCAAGGCAUCGCUGGCUUAGGCGCACUGCUGCAACAUGGUGGUCAUCCGGCAAUGCUCAGGGAGAGCAUUUCCUCUCCCCGUGGAGUUACCAUUCAAACUCUGCUUUCUGUAGAGCGGGAAAAUGCGAGAGUGACAUUUACAGACGCCCUUCUACGCGGGACAGAGUACUUGCAGAAGAUGAGACCAAAGACAGAACCCCGGCAGUCAUCCGAGAAGGACAAAGCAUAG